AUGAGGUCACUGAAGCGUAAGAGAGUUGAAGCGCCAUGCAUCCCAACACUUGAGGAUGUGCAUCCUUACAGUAGGUGGAAUUUGUGUGUCCGAGUGUACCACAAGUUCCAUGUGGAGAGGUUGGCUUCUGGCAGAAAGCGGCUUAACAUGGUGUUAUUGGAUGAGAAGGGUAAGAAAAUGGCCGCUGUAGUAUAUGAUGACGACGUCGAUCGGUUUGAUCCUUUGCUCGUAGAGGGGCGGGUAUAUUAUGUGUGGAAGAAGCUUGCAGAACCAAUUAUGAGGAAUCAGGAUUAUUUGUUUGCAGAUAGUCAAUUUGUGUGCCGUUUCAGCUUAGUGACAACAAUUAAUGAGUUGAGAAAUGUGAAUGAGCGCUUGAUCCCAUUGUUCCCUGCGUUUAUUCCUUUUGACAGAGUUUGGGAGUUCACCCUAGAUAAUGAUACAUAUGUUGAUGUUAUUGGCAUGGUUUUAUUUGUAAGUUCUAUGGGAUAUAAAGACGAUUUCUACAAUCGGAGGAUCCCAGUGAGAAAUAUUGUUCUGCUAGAUGACACUUAG